UCGCCGUUGUCAAGUUGCCGCGGCCGCUCUCCUCGAUUCUCACGCACGCCGCCGAGUCACGCCUCCCACGGAGAUGAGCACGACCCUCUUCGCAGACACCUAAGUCCGCCGCGAGGUUUGUGAAGUGUUUCAGUGGCCACGAAUUCGGUUUCGCAGUGCUUCGAGUGUACCCUCACCCACGAUGGAUGACAUCAACUUCGCCGCACAGUGUCUCCUGGAGAUGUCCCACAGCAAGGACCACCUCAACCUGAACUUGAACCGCCCCCUGGACCUGUCCAAGUCCCUGAUCCGCGAGGAAAUCCUCUUCGUCAACCCCCCGGGCCCCGCCGUCAUCGUGGAACAGAUACCCAUGGUACCGGCCACGUAUCUCAAAGAGGAACCGGUCACCACCAACUCUACGGAGUCGUCCUCGUACAUGGUGGCCCGCAUCCUCACGGAUUUGACCAGGUUGAAGCAGGAACCGGUGCCGGAAGUGCCGUCCGACGGUGAGGGCACCCUCACCAUCGACGAAGAUCCCGAUGAGGGUUAUAACAGCUUCAACACCACCCCCAACAAACCGGCUAGGAGUGCCGAGAAGGCCGCGACAAGCGCCAAGAGUCGCAAGAGCGACGCGGGGCCGCCCCCGAAGAAGUCCAACGCCCCCAGGACGCAGUCCUCGCCCAGGCUGGGAACCCAGGCCAGGAAAACGCACAAGUGUUCCUACGAUGGCUGUCACAAGGUCUAUGGGAAGAGCUCGCAUCUGAAGGCCCACCUCAGGACGCAUACAG